AUGGGCGACCGCCUGGGCGAACGUCUCGCAGAGCUCGUCACCUCUCUUCGGGGCCAUGCUGAGGAGACUCGGGAAGCCACAGCUUCGUUGCGGAAGUCGGUGGAGCAGCAGCAGCGACUUUACCAGAUGGCUGCCGCAGACUUCCAGCGGAAGCUGGACGAAGCCUGCAAGAGGAAGGUGACCACCAGCCGCAUGGAGUUGGCCUCCGAGUCAUUGCAGAUGCUUCGCUCGCUGGUGGCAGGCCGGACCGCCGGCAGCCUGGAAAACGGCGAUGCUCCGAAGGAGAACUGGCCGCGAUGGUUCGAAAAGGCCGACGCUGCAGUGCAAGGCUUGCUCCGAACCGCGGGCACUGCGGCGGAG